CGCAAACUUAAUCGAGGAUAGCUUGGCACCGUUGGCGGGGACUCCCAUGCGUGUUGGACCGGGCAACCAAGAACAUGGAGAAGGUUACCUUCCUGCGGCGCCGCAAAGCUUGUCUUCCGGACAAGGGUCGUCGGUCACUGGGCGGAGGUGGACGACCCGGACCAUAACGUAUAAAAGGGGAGGUCUUCACCAUGGUCACAGAGCUCUAACCUCCAGGUCCCAGCUCAACAACGCCAGCUCUCAUCUCACGUCCAGAAACCUCCGGAAUAGUAGAGUAGCCGGCAUUCGCUAUGGUUGGCAUCUCCCACGUCGCUCUGGGCCUUUCGGCCAUUGCGGCAACCCUGGCAGCGCCCACUCUCGAGCAGCGAGGCCCUGCCAACUUCGUUCUCCAUCCCGACCAUCCGCUUGCCCGCCGAGUCGGCAACAUCACGGCGCGCUCCAACCCGACCUACACGCAGAACUACAAGACCGGAGGCACUGUCAACUUCUCUCCCACGGGUACUGGCUUCACGCUGAACUACAACGUUCAGCAGGACUUUGUCGUCGGAGUCGGCUGGAACCCCGGCACAACCCAGCCCAUUACACACACGGGCACCUUCUCCGUCAACAGCGGCCUCGGCAGUCUCAGCGUGUACGGAUGGAGCACCGACCCGCUGGUGGAGUACUACAUCAUGGAGGUGAACGACGGCAUCACGGUCGGCGGUACGCAGAUGGGCACGGUCGAGAGCGACGGCGGCACCUACACCAUCUGGAAGCACCAGCAGGUCAACCAGCCGGCCAUCGCCGGCUCGGGCCUGUACACCUUCUGGCAGUACAUCUCGAUCCGCAACUCGCCGCGCACGAGCGGCACCGUCACGGUCAAGAACCACUUCGACGCCUGGGCCAAGCUCGGCAUGACCCUCGGCACCAUGCACAUACAGGUCGUGGCGGUCGAGAGCUGGAGCGGCAGCGGCUCGGCUUCGCAGACGGUAUCAAACGACGGUGGUUCGGGCUCUACGACGCCCCCGAACUCCGGCGGCGGCGGCGGCGGCAGUGGUGGCGGGGGCAGCGGCGGCUCUUGCGCUGCUCUCUGGGGCCAGUGCGGUGGCCAGUCGUGGACGGGUCCGGCCUGCUGUGCGUCGGGGACUUGCAAGGCCUCGAACCAGUGGUAUUCUCAGUGUCUGCCAUAAGUCACGACUCACGACCUGGGAAGUGGGAACUGGGGGUUAUUCAAACUGGCAUUUAAACUUGAGAGUUUGUACAUACGUACGGCUGUAUGCAUGGCCCGGAAUUGUCCUAAAGGGUUCCAAAAGAGUACGAUCUUGGCUGCUGCUGCUUUGACUUGCAGAAGUCUGCUGUUUAGAGCUUUGAAGCAUUGACUAUGGAUAGAUGUAGCAUUGUCGGUACCAAUCGAAGGUCAUAGCCGCCUACCCGGUGAUUAGCUUCAUUUCUUCAAUUGCUUGAAGCAUUAUGGUCAAUGAAGCC